AUGUCUGCACAAGAGGAUGCUCACUCGGACGACGAUGACUGGGUUUCAUACAGCAGCAACUCAUCUCAAAUUGAUUCAUUGCCGUCAACGGUCAAGAGAUAUUCGUGGUUGACGUCAUAUUCAAAGAAGUUGCUGCGGCGAGGAUCACGCAGGUCCAACAGUUCGACUCCACGCCAACAACAACCGAGUGGGCUCUUUGGGGUUUCAGCCACGCCUGAGGCGCCCGAAUUCAGCGUUGAAGGUGCCUCUGGUGCCUCUAACAACAGAGCCCGCAACCACCUUAGACCCCUGCCACCGGUUCCUGACACGCUCCCUGACUUGUCUUCGUCACAAAGCAGCCAAACUCAAAUACGCACUUUUGCUACUGCUCAUCCGGCUGAUCGACACUCCCCUCGAUGUGAACGACCAAACAACCCUCCGACGAAUCGACAUGGCCAUGCUCAAGAGAUAUCACAAAUCUACCUGCUGCCUCCUCCUGCGCUGACCUGCACCCGCCUGCUUCCUCACGCCCAUGUAUGGCCUGAACGAGCCAGAAUGGACCCUAACAAUCCGACCCAGAGUCCCAAUCUGUCGGACCUCCUCACGAGCCUGUCCAGCCGUGAAGAUGCGAAUCGCAAGAUGGCAGCUUUCAAGCUGCAGUCGCUGAUCAACGACCCUUCUUUUGCCGAGCACUUUGUCCUUGCCGGCGGCCUGCCUCGACUGCGCACUCUGAUCCUCGAAAGUAGCGGGAAUACUCUGGCUUACAGUCUAGCCAGUUUCGCGAGACUGUUGGAGGUGGACCAAGGGUGGGAGGCGGUCAAUGAGCAAGUGGUUGAAAAGGUGGUGGAACUUGUCGUAUGUCAGCCGUUGGUCAAUAUUCUUCGAGGAGCCAUGGCUAUACUCGUGUCGAUUGUGUCGCGGCCAUACCAUGCGGAUCGGUCUUCACAAAUCAACACCUCGAACAAUGCCGGCGGGUUCCAAGCCCUUAAGCCUGCCAUUGCGCUAUAUCCGCAGUUCCUCGAAAUGCUUGUGACGCGACUGUCUUCUGCGGACCACGCACUAUGUGCGAAUGCACUGCAGUUGAUCAAUUCACUCAUGCGCGACGCUAUCACGAAUGACAACGAGACGGAGUGGCCGAAGUUUAUAAAGCGCAUUCAAGACCUUGGAGUCAUCAAGGCAGUCUACGUGUUGAUGCAGAGCUCUGCGCUGCAGGAUCUGGCGCACCCCCUGUUGGAGUUCCAAGCGUUGACCAAGAUACUCCUCCGACGGUGGAGGGAUGUACCCGUCGACCUUGUCAAGCCGGAGCAUAGACGGACGAUCAAAGCCAUCCACCUGUCAAGCAAUCCUGAGAAGCCAGCAGAGGAUGAGGGACGCAAUGGGGAGUCCAAGCCCAAGCACAAUCCGUACAAAUGGAGGCGGUUGGGAUUCACGAGUGAAAAUCCCGAACCAGAUUUCAUUGACAUGGGAUUCUUGGGCAUGAUGGACCUUUCAGAUUACGUGCGCAAACAUCAAGAUGAAUUCCAGAAUAUUCUUCUGGAGCAGGCAGUUACCCCGGAGCAGAAGAGAUGUCCGCUAGCUCGAGCGAGCUUGAUACUCACGGCUAUAUUGUUUGAACAUUUUGAAGUGGAUAAGAUGGAUCUAGAAGAUUCAAAGAGCUAUCUGGCGCUCGAGAGUCGAACAAAUUUUGAAAAGGUUUUCAAACCUCUGCUGCUGCAUUGGAGCAGGCUGCAUGUUGCUGGGAUGCAUGCCUUUCUAAGGCUAUGGAAGGCCACGGGCGCAGAGACCGACGACUUCCUCAAGAUUGUGGAAUUGGUUCGGAUAUUGGUUGAAAGUGUCGUCGGUGGGGCAGAUCGCACGAAAGGGGUCGAGGAGAUCGAGAAGGAGAUGGCUGCGUUCGAGUAUCGCAAGCUCCGAGAACUCCAGAUGGAGCUGUUAGAGCUGACCUAUGAAGAUGUCUGGGGCCAGCAUCUCCGUGGUGUGAAAGAAGAGCUGCAGACCGAGGCUCUGCAGUUUGUCAAAGAGCAAAGGAUACGUUGUCUGCUUGCUGGAGCAUGGUUCCCUCAUGGCGGCACUUAUUCCGACCAGGAAACUGGCGGCCCGGUCACAGAAGACACCCUUCUUCAGAGUUCAUCCCACGGGUAUCGCUUUAUCAGGCUGUCGGAAAAUCGGAAAUACUUGCAUUGGGGCGAUUUUGACGAGAAAGAAGAACAGUCACCAGCGAUCUCGAGUCUGCAAGACAAGAUCGACUUGUCGAUCGUCUCGUCGGUUGUCUCCAACGUGACAGCAAACGACCGGUCGUCGAUUGCGUCGGAUUCCACGCUGAAGGAACUGACGCACGACAAGUUCACGACAACAAAAAUCACGAUCCACGGAUACCUGCCGAAGUCGCGCGGAGGACAUUCUCGAGCGUCGUCCAAAACCUCAUCGGCCAGAAGUGCACCCAAGGAAUCGGUACUACUCACGUUCCAGCCUAACAGUCAUGCUGCGGCGUCUGAAUGGCUGGAUGGCCUUUUGAUGCUGCUUGACCAACAACCGAUCACGGCGGAGACCAACAGACUGAUACACAUGAUGAGUGAUUAUGGUAUCAAGGUGCGACUGCUGAAUGUCCGCUUCAACGAUGAGGAGGGUAUUGUGGAAGGCAUGGAUGGAAUGGAUGGUCCUACAAUUCCUAGCAGGGAAGGACUGGACGAAGACUAUUACUAUGAGGUGUGAGCUAAGUUCAGCCAAGUGCUUCGGAAGGAUAUAUUGGUCGAAUUUGGCGGUGGCCAGACUUGAGGUGCUCAGUAUAUUUACAACAAAACCAGCGAAGGUGUCAGGGGUUUGAGGAUCUGUAACCAAUUAAGGGACCGGAAGUUUAGUACGGUCUAUGCCGUGAGAUAGCUGAUUGCACUGGGCCAAUUCGAGGCCGUUGACAUAUCAAAGGGUAGC